AUGAAAUUCUUGAUAUCUAGACACAUAGCUUAUGAGAAAUAUUAUACAAACAUUGUGACAGCCUGCCCCAAACAUGGCCAAGUGAAAGAUUUAACUAAAUGUCUUUAUAUCAAUAUGAAAUCAGGAAACUUUUUUUGUAAUAGCUGUAAAAAGUCUGGAACAUGGGAACAGCUUCAAGAUAAUAUUAAUGUCAUUCUUGGUCAACGGAAAAAGAAAAUAAUUGAAUGUUUUACUGACAUCCCUGCAGUACAAGCAUCAAGUACUUUACUUAAUUUUUAUGAUCAAUCAGUUCCUCUCAAAAAAUUAGAUGACAUUUCUUUAAAUUCUUGGAAGGAAGGCUUAAACUGCCAGUCUUUAUCAUCUGUAACUUUUAUAAAAUAUGGUGUCCAGUUUGAUGAGAAAUCGUCUUCCCUGAUUCUUCCUUGGUACAAUCAGCAUCAUUUGGUGUCUAUGAAGGUCUUUAACUUUGCAGAUGUUGGUCCUGAUCAGGAGAAGAAACUCAAAGAGUCAAUUAUGCCAAGAUCACCUCCUGCUGGUCUUUUUGGUUGGGCUGCUGCUUCAGCCACUGAUACAGAAGUUAUCCUGACAAACUCAGAAACUGAUGCUAUGGCUGUUUAUCAAGCCACUCGUAUUUUAGCACUGGCUUUACCCAAAAAAGGAACUGUCUUACCAAUUGAGAUUCUUCCAAUGUUGGAACAAUUUAAAAAAAUCACUUUGUGGCUUGGCAAUGACUUGAGAGCUUGGGAAACAGCUAAACAGUUUGCAAAGAAACUGAAUGAGAAACGCUGUUACCUGAUCAGACCGUCUACAGAGGCCCCAUCACCGAUUGAUGCCUUACAACAAAAACAGAGUUUGAAGAAAAUUCUUGCCUCUGCCCUUCCUGUGGUUCACGAUUCAAUUGUAUCUUUCCAGAAACUCAGGGAUGAUAUAUUUUCAGAAUUGGCUCAAUUAGAACAAGUGGCUGGGAUAAAGUGGAAAAGAUUUCCUGCCCUCAACAAAUUGCUGAAGGGUCAUCGGCGUGGUGAGAUGACAAUCUUUACAGGCAUGACUGGGACGGGCAAAACAACUUUUAUGAGCGAUUAUUCUCUGGAUCUUUGUAUGCAAGGGGUGAAUACACUCUGGGGAAGCUUUGAAAUUCACAAUGUCCGUCUUGCCAAAACAAUGCUUUUGCAAUAUUCACAAGUCAACCUUUCCCAAGAUCUCAAUGUCUUUGAUUUUUGGGCAGACAAAUUUGAACAGUUACCAAUGUAUUUUAUGACCUUCUUUGGCCAAGAAGACAUCAAGUGUGUAAUUGAGACAAUGUCUCAUGCCGUGUAUAUGUAUGAUAUUGCACAUGUGAUAGUUGACAAUAUCCAAUUUAUGAUGGGCUUGGAAGCAGGAAGAGUUGAUAGGUUCUUCCACCAAGAUAAAAUUAUUGCUGCCUUUCGAAACUUUGCCACAACCAUGAAUUGUCAUGUGACCUUGGUCAUCCAUCCACGCAAAGAUAAAGAAGGAGAUUUGUUGACUGUAUCAUCCAUAUUUGGUAGCGCCAAAGCCACCCAAGAAGCAGAUAAUGUUCUCAUUCUGCAAGACAAAUACCUUGUAUCACAUCGGGCCAAAAGAUUUAUUCAGGUUGUGAAGAACCGUUUUGAUGGUGAACUUGGAAUAAUGCCAUUACGUUUCAAUAAAGAUACUUCAAGUUACGUUCCUCAAGACACAAAAAAGAGUGCUCUCAAAUCUAAGCAGUCAAAAACUAUAAACAAAGAGGAGGAUGAAAAGGAGGAUGUCAAAGAAGAAAUAAGAGGAAGAGAAGAUGAUGACAAUGAUGAUGAAGACAAUCCAUCCAAGACAGGAAAUUAA